CACGCCUAAGCACUUCUACGAGCGGUAACGCAUCAGCCUAUACCUCAACAGCCUACACCUCAACCUACAAAUGCGCCCUGCUCCGAUUAUACGGUGAACGAACCGGCACCGCAUGACAGGAGAUCUACACGGCGACUUUCCUCCGAGUUGUCAAAUAAAGCAAGAGCCUUCCCGGAACGAAAGGAAUCCCAAGCAAUAGCGGCGGCAUCCCAAGCCCCAACGGCAAGAAUAACAGAGGGCAGAGCAAAGCAGAAGUUGAGCAGAGCAGCCCCAGACCAGCACGCUCAAGCAAAACACUCUCCCUCUCAAAUUCCAAACCCUGCCACCACGAACCAUUGCUCUUUCCCCAUUGCACAUUUACCCCACCAAGAGUAACCCGCCGAUCUAGAGCGCGCCCAAGGCUAGAACAGAGCAAUGCGCAAGGCGCUCGUCAACGCCGUCCUCUUCCCGGCUCUCGCCGUGGUCGUCGCUCUGGCCAUCUGCUACUUCGUCCGCCGCCGCCGCGGUCGCGGCCGCGGUCGCUCGGUACUGCCCUCCCACGGCGGCAGCGCGAGGGCGGACCGGUUCCAGGCGGCCGGCGCCUCGGGCGGCUACGUCGCCGGCGGGGAGGAGGUGCUGUUGCGGUUCCCCGGAGGCGAGGCGCUCACGGUGGCCGCGAUCCUCGAGGCGCCUGGGGAGGUGGUAGCCAAGUCUUCGCACAGCACGCUGUACCGCGCCGGGCUCAGCGCCGGGGAGGCCGUCGCGCUGCUCCGGUUCGUGCGCCCGGCCUGCGCCGCGGGCGCAGAGGAGGCCGCGGCGGCCGCGCGGGUGCUCGGCGCCGUGCGCCACCCCAACCUCGUGCCGAUCCGCGCGCUGUACAUCGGCCCGCGCGGGGAGAAGCUGCUCGUGCACCCGUUCUACGCCGCCGGUUCGCUGCGCCGGUUCCUGCAAGAGGGAAUCAAUGAUUCACAGAGAUGGGAGAUAAUUUGCAAGUUGUCUAUCGGCAUUGUGAAAGGACUGGACCACCUUCACACAGCAUCGCAGAAACCAAUCAUUCAUGGCAAUCUGAAAACAAAUAACAUUAUGCUUGACGCUGAUUUCCAGCCCAGGAUAUCAGACUUCGGCCUCUACCUUCUGCUGAACCCUGCUGCUGCGCAGGAGAUGCUUGAGACAUCUGCAAUGCAGGGUUAUAAGGCUCCAGAGCUGAUCAAGAUUAGGGAUGGCACCAGGGAGAGUGAUAUCUACAGUUUGGGAGUGAUUAUGCUCGAGAUGCUUGCUCAGAAGGAGGCCGCAAAUGAUGAAUCGCCAAAUGCGCGUGACAUCCAUUUGCCGGUCUCUUUCAGAGAUCUGGUUCUCGAGAGGAAGAUAUCUGAAGCUUUCAGUUCCGAGCUUAUCAUACAGAGCAAGAAUUCUGGGAAGGAGGGCAAUCUGAAUGCCUACUUUGAAUUGGCAACGGCUUGCUGUAAUCCAUCAUCGUCAUUGAGACCAGAUACAAAGAAAAUACUAAAAAGGCUUGAAGACAUAGCAAGAUAACAAUAGAUGCGCGCGGCGGUGAGGCUCCAGUCUGUUUAGAAAGUGUGGUGUGUUAUAGCAGCGGCCAGCAGGAUAGCUUUGACGUCCCUUGUAUUGUUUGUUACUUCCUGCAUACAGCAGAGAUUGUGUUGGGGGCAUUUGGAAAAUGAUCCUAACAUAAGCUAGGAGCCCCAAGCAUGUAUAGAAAAGUAUAUUUUCCUCGUAACAACAUAGGAACUCAUCCGAGAACAUAAUGUGUGUGCUUUCAGCGUGGAAAUUUCAUAAAAUUUUCUUAAAUUGCAUUUGUCUUUCUUGUAGGUUUUGUUAAUUGCCAUUUGUCUUGCCUGAAGGCGACAGUAUGCGAUUUCAGUUUCCAGCCAUCAGACAACUAUGCUGAUCUGUUUGAACUGGUGAUGAAA